UUUCUUGUUCUAGCUUUCUGUUACGUUUCGUAAAAAAGUAGUCUUGAUUAUCCCGACCUGUCAAUCAGACGUAGAAUGGUCGAUAGACUGGUUAAGCGAGACUAAUUUCAAAACAAGGGCACGUAACCUAUCUUUUACUCAAAAGUGUCUGGAUGUUAUGGACGACUCUUGGAACCAGUUUUCAGUCUAUUAUUUAUACAUGAUUAAUGGUCAUAGCUUAUUAAGUACAACAUGAUCGUUUAUUUAGUGACUAUAAUUGUGUGAAACUGAUUUGACGCUUGGCAUAUAUAUAAAUUUUGUGGCGUAAUUGUCGAGAUAUAUGGAGAUAUUUAUUUAUGGUGCGAGUGUUGGUAUAGGACGAGGAACGGCGAUAUACUUCUCUAGACUUGGUUGUAAACUGUCUCUAACUGGUCGAAAUAAAGCUAAAUUAGAUGAAACGGUGUCCCUAUGUACAGAAGCUGGCAUAUCACCUGAUAAUAUUAUAACAACAACAGGAGACCUGAGACAAGAGACUACGAGGAAAUCUAUUAUAGAAUCAACUAUAGCCAAGUUUGGUCGACUGGAUGUUCUGAUCAAUAAUGCUGGAACCUUAUAUACAUCUUUAACUUUAUCGACACCUGAAGAAGGUUAUGAUGACGUCAUGGAUGUUAAUAUGAAGGCACCAUUUUUACUAACACAGCUAGCAGCCCCACAUUUAAUACAAUCAAAAGGGUGUAUAGUCAAUGUUUCAAGUAUAUGCGGAUCUAAAGCGAUGCCAGAGAUUGGUGUGUAUUGUAUGAGUAAAGCUGCUAUGGAUAUGUUCACACAAUGUGUGGCUUUAGAAUUGGCACCAAAAGGAGUUCGAGUAAACGCUGUAAAUCCAGGUACAGUUGUUAGCGAUAUACAUCGUAGAGCCAAUACAAACAGUAAAUAUGAAAAUGAUGAAGCGUACCAAAAGUUUUUGGUACAACAAGAUGGCCGCCAUCCAUUACGUAGAGUUGGUCAACCAGAAGACGUAGCUAAAACAAUCGCCUAUCUAGCAUCUGACCAGGCUAGUUAUAUUACUGGUCAGUUGUUAUAUGUUGAUGGUGGACGACAUUGUGUUAGUUCUACAACAGCCAAACCGUCGUAGAUAGAUAUUAUGGUCCCGGCUGAUAGGAACUGUACCUAUGCUGAAAGAUGACCGCGUUAAAUUGAGUUACUUGUUAAAUACAUCCUGAAAUAUUUUAUAAUGUGUUUGUAUAAAGAUAUUGAACUGUGAGAUUACUCUUGAAGUUAAUAGUGCUUCAAACAAUAUGUUAUAAUUUGUCAUUGUCUACAAAUUAACCAGAAUAUUUUAUAAACUGCUGUAUAAUAUUUAAAUCAGAUAAAAUUGGCUAUUUGAUUAUCUGCUAUAGAAUAAAUCAUAUUGAUUUGUUAUUUGAUUAUCUGCUAUAGACUAAAUCAUAUUAAUUUGUUAUUUGAUUAUCUGAUAUAGAAUAAAUCAUAUUAAUUUGUUGUUUGAUUAUCUGCCAUAGAAUGAAUCAUAUUAAAUUGUUGUUUGAUUAACCGCUAUAGAAUAAACUAUAUAAAUUUGUUAUUUUAUUAACUGCAAUAUAAUACGCCAGACAUCAUAUUUGUUAUUAGAUUAACUGCUGUAAAAUUAAUCAUAUAAAUUUAUUAUUUGAUUAACU